UCAAUUGGGAUACAGGACUUACUUAUUUUGUUUCUUUUUAUUUUUUUUCACUUAAAGGGGUUAGAAACCUUUUCACCGAGAGCAGCACUAGAAGACUGCCUCAGCCAUGGCUUCAGAUGCAGAAAUGUCGGUUUUCGGACCCGCUGCUUCCUUUCUACGGAAAUCUGAGAAGGAAAGAUUAGAGGCACAGAACAAACCUUUCGAUGCCAAGAACACUUGCUUUGUGGAGGAUCCCAAAGAGCUCUAUGUGAAGGGCUUAAUAACUGCUCAUGACAGUGGCAAAGUCACUGUUAAGACAGAUGAUGGAAAGGACGUAACUGUCAAAGACAGCCAGGUGUACCCCCAGAACCCUCCGAAGUACGACAAGAUUGAAGACAUGGCCAUGAUGACCCACCUGAACGAGGCUUCUGUGCUUUAUAACCUCAAAGAGCGUUACGCAGCCUGGAUGAUCUAUACCUAUUCUGGCCUGUUCUGCGUCACUGUAAACCCCUACAAAUGGCUACCAGUGUACAACCCCGAAGUUGUUGCCGGCUACAGAGGAAAGAAGCGUCAGGAAGCCCCACCACAUAUCUUCUCCAUCUCUGAUAAUGCAUAUCAGUUUAUGUUAACUGACCGCGAAAACCAGUCUGUCCUAAUUACCGGAGAAUCUGGAGCUGGAAAGACUGUGAACACCAAGCGUGUCAUUCAAUACUUUGCAACAAUUGCAGCUAUUGGUGAUUCAGGAAAGAAGAAGGAAUCAAGUAACAGCUUACAGGGAAACCUGGAAGAUCAAAUCAUCCAGGCCAACCCUCUGCUGGAAGCCUUUGGUAACGCCAAAACCUUACGAAAUGACAACUCCUCCCGUUUUGGUAAAUUUAUCAGAAUCCACUUUGGAACCACAGGAAAAUUAUCUUCUGCAGAUAUUGAGACCUACUUGCUAGAGAAGUCCAGAGUCACAUUCCAGCUUUCAGCAGAAAGAAGCUACCACAUCUUCUACCAGAUUCUGACCAACAAGAGACCAGAACUGAUUGAAAUGCUUCUUCUGACAACAAACCCAUACGACUACCCCUUCAUCAGCCAGGGUGAGAUUGCUGUCAAGAGUAUCGAUGACACGGAGGAAUUGAUGGCUACAGAUAGUGCCAUUGACAUCCUGGGCUUCUCACCAGAUGAAAAAAAUGGCAUCUACAAGUCGACUGGUGCUGUUAUGCACCAUGGUAACAUGAGAUUCAAACAGAAGCAAAGAGAGGAGCAGGCUGAGCCUGAUGGCACAGAAGUUGCUGAUAAAAUUGCCUACUUGAUGGGACUCAAUUCUGCUGACCUGUUAAAGGCUCUCUGCUAUCCUAGGGUCAAAGUCGGCAAUGAAUUUGUCACUAAGGGACAAACUGUCCAACAGGUUUAUAAUUCCGUUGGUGCCCUCAGCAAAUCUGUAUAUGAGAAGCUCUUCUUGUGGAUGGUUGUCCGUAUUAACCAACAGCUGGACACUAAGCAGCCAAGACAGUACUUCAUUGGUGUACUGGAUAUCGCUGGAUUUGAGAUAUUUGAUUUCAACAGCUUGGAGCAACUUUGUAUUAACUUCACCAAUGAGAAGUUGCAGCAGUUCUUUAACCACCACAUGUUUGUCCUGGAACAAGAGGAGUACAAAAAAGAAGGAAUAGAUUGGGAGUUCAUUGACUUUGGUAUGGAUCUCGCAGCCUGUAUUGAGCUUAUUGAGAAGCCAAUGGGCAUUUUCUCAAUCCUGGAGGAGGAGUGCAUGUUCCCCAAGGCUACUGACACUUCCUUCAAGAAUAAGCUCUAUGAUCAACAUCUGGGCAAGUGCAAGAACUUUGAGAAGCCCAAACCUGGUAAGGGAAAAGCGGAAGCACACUUCUCUCUGGUGCAUUAUGCUGGCACUGUGGAUUACAACAUCAGUGGAUGGCUUGAUAAGAACAAGGACCCACUGAACGAGACUGUUGUUGGCCUUUACCAGAAGUCUUCAGUGAAGCUCCUGGCCCUACUUUACUCUUCCUACUCAGCUACUGAUGGUGACUCUGGUGGAAAGGGUGGAAAGAAAAAGAAGGGUUCCUCCUUCCAGACUGUGUCUGCCCUGUUCAGAGAAAAUCUGAACAAGCUGAUGACCAACCUGAGGAGCACUCACCCUCACUUUGUGCGUUGUCUGAUCCCCAAUGAGACAAAGACUCCAGGUACUAUGGAGAAUCAUCUGAUCAUCCACCAGCUGAGGUGUAACGGUGUACUGGAGGGUAUCAGAAUCUGCAGAAAGGGCUUCCCCAGCAGAAUCCUUUAUGGUGACUUUAAACAACGAUACAAGAUCCUGAAUGCUAGCGCAAUUCCAGAAGGACAAUUCAUUGACAGCAAAAAGGCUUCUGAAAAACUCCUUGGCUCAAUUGAUGUUGACCACACACAGUACAAGUUUGGACAUACUAAGGUGUUCUUCAAAGCUGGUCUUCUGGGUACCCUGGAAGAAAUGAGAGAUGAUAAAUUGGCCCAGUUGAUCACUCGCACUCAAGCUCGUUGCAGAGGUUUCUUGAUGAGAGUAGAAUUUAAGAAGAUGAUAGAAAGAAGGGAUGCAAUCUUUAUCAUCCAGUACAAUAUCAGAUCGUUUAUGAAUGUAAAGCACUGGCCAUGGAUGAAACUGUACUUUAAGAUUAAGCCUCUUCUGAAGAGUGCUGAGACAGAGAAGGAGAUGGCUAACAUGAAAGAAGAAUUUGAAAAGACCAAGGAUGCACUUACUAAAUCAGAAGCAAAGAGGAAAGUACUAGAAGAGAAGAUGGUUGUCCUUCUGCAGGAGAAAAAUGACCUCCAACUUCAAGUGCAGUCGGAAGGUGAGAGCUUAAAUGAUGCAGAGGAAAGGUGUGAUGGUCUUAUUAAGAACAAGAUUCAACUGGAGGCUAAAGUCAAAGAGCUCAACGAAAGGCUUGAAGAUGAGGAGGAAAGCAAUGCAGAGCUUACAGCCAAGAAGAGGAAAUUGGAAGAUGAAUGCUCUGAACUCAAGAAGGACAUUGAUGACUUAGAGCUGACAUUGGCCAAAGUUGAAAAAGAGAAACAUGCAACAGAAAACAAGGUUAAAAACCUUAGUGAAGAACUUACAACUUUGGAUGAGAGCAUCGCUAAGCUCACCAAGGAGAAGAAAGCUCUUCAAGAGGCUCAUCAACAAACUCUUGAUGAUCUCCAGGCAGAGGAGGACAAAGUUAACUCGCUCACUAAAGCUAAAACUAAACUUGAACAGCAAGUGGAUGAUCUGGAAGGUUCUUUGGAGCAAGAGAAGAAACUUCGUCUUGACCUUGAGAGAGCCAAGAGAAAGCUUGAAGGUGAUUUGAAACUGUCUCAGGAAACCCUCAUGGAUCUAGAAAAUGAAAAACAACAAACUGAAGAAAAGCUCAAAAAGAAGGACUUUGAAAUAAGCCAGCUACAAGGAACGAUUGAAGAUGAGCAAUCCCUGGGAUCUCAGCUGCAAAAAAAGAUCAAGGAGCUACAGGCCCGUAUUGAAGAAGUUGAGGAAGAGAUAGAAGCUGAACGUGCUGCUCGUGCCAGGGUCGAGAAACAGAGAGCUGACUUGUCCAGAGAACUUGAGGAGAUCAGCGAGAGGCUUGAAGAAGCUGGUGGUGCAACGUCUGCUCAGAUUGAACUGAACAAGAAACGUGAGGCUGAGUUCCAGAAACUGAGACGUGAUCUGGAAGAGUCCACACUUCAGCAUGAAGCUACCUCUGCAGCCCUGCGCAAGAAGCAUGCUGACAGUGCAGCUGAACUUGGAGAACAGAUUGACAAUCUCCAGAGGGUUAAGAAGAAGCUGGAGAAGGAGAAGAGUGAGCUGAAAAUGGAAGUUGAUGACCUUGCCAGUAACUUGGAGAAUGUCUCCAAAGCAAAAGCCAACCUUGAGAAAGUGAACCGUGUUUUUGAGGAUCAGCUCAGUGAACUCAAGACUAAAGAUGAUGAGCACAUUCGUGUUAUCAACAAUCUGACUGCACAAAGAGCUCGCUUCCAGACAGAGAAUGGUGAAUUUUCUCGACGAUUAGAGGAGAAAGAAGCUCUGAUAUCUCAGCUGACCAGAGGAAAACAAGGCUUUACUCAGCAGGUUGAGGAACUUAAGAGGCAGCUUGAGGAGGAAAGCAAGGCCAAAAAUGCCCUUGCCCAUGCCCUGCAAUCAUCCCGCCAUGACUGCGACUUACUCCGUGAGCAAUUUGAAGAGGAACAGGAGGCAAAGGCUGAGCUUCAGAGGUCUCUCUCCAAGGCAAAUGGUGAAGUUUCCCAAUGGAGAACCAAGUAUGAAACUGAUGCCAUCCAGCGCACAGAAGAACUGGAAGAGGCCAAAAAGAAGCUUGCUCAACGUCUCCAGGAAGCCGAGGAACAAGUUGAGGCUGUGAACUCCAAAUGUGGUUCCCUAGAAAAGACCAAACAGAGGCUACAAGCUGAAGUUGAGGAUCUGAUGGUCGAUGUAGAGAGAGCAAAUAGUGCAGCUGCAGCUCUGGAUAAGAAACAGAGGAACUUCGACAAGGUACUUGUUGAAUGGAAACAGAAAUAUGAAGAAGGCCAGGCUGAGCUAGAGUCGGUUCAGAAGGAAGCUAGGGCACUAAGCACAGAAAUCUUUAAGAUGAAGAAUGCUUAUGAGGAGUCCUUAGAACACGUUGAAACCCUAAAACGCGAAAACAAGAAUUUGCAGCAGGAGAUUUUAGAUCUCACUGAACAGCUUGGGGAAUCAGUUAAAUCAAAUAAUGAGCUUGAGAAGUCCAGGAAGCAAGUGGAGCAGGAAAAGAGCGAUCUACAAUCUGCUUUGGAAGAAGCUGAGGGAUCUCUGGAGCAUGAGGAAGCCAAGAUUCUCUGCAUUCAGCUUGAGCUGAAUCAGGUGAAAUCUGAGGUGGACAGGAAGAUUGCAGAGAAAGAGGAGGAGAUUGAGCAAUUGAAGAGAAACAGCCAGAGAGUUAUUGACACCAUGCAGAGCACACUGGAUUCUGAAAUUAGAAGCAGGAAUGAUGCUCUGAGACUGAAGAAGAAGAUGGAAGGAGACUUGAAUGAGAUGGAGAUCCAGCUGAACCAUGCCAACCGCCAAGCUUCUGAGGCUCAGAAACAACUCAGGAAUGUGCAAGCUCUACUCAAGGAUGUCCAGCUUCAUCUUGAUGAUUCCUUGAGGAGCCAGGAAGACCUGAGAGAACAGGUGGCUGUAGUGGAGCGUAGGAAUAACCUUCAACAGGCUGAAAUUGAGGAAAUUAGGGCUGCACUGGAACAGACAGAGAGGUCUCGCAAGUUGGCUGAGCAGGAACUUUUGGAUGCAAGUGAACGUGUUCAGCUUUUGCACACCCAGAACACAAGCCUCAUCAACACCAAAAAGAAGUUAGAAAAUGACAUGAGCCAGCUGCAGAAUGAAGUUGAGGAAGCUGUCCAAGUGGCCAGAAAUGCUGAGGAGAAAGCCAAGAAGGCCAUCACUGAUGCUGCAUUGAUGGCAGAGGAGCUAAAGAAGGAGCAGGACACCAGCGCCCACUUGGAGAGAAUGAAGAAGAACCUUGAACAGUCAGUGAAGGACCUGCAGUUUCGAUUGGAUGAAGCAGAACAGCUGGCAAUGAAGGGUGGCAAGAAACAGCUCCAGAAACUGGAGGCUAAGGUGCGUGAAUUGGAGAAUGAGUUGGAAAAUGAACAGAAACGUGGAACAGAGGCAAUUAAGAGUGUCCGCAAAUUCGAGAGAAGAGUGAAAGAACUGACCUAUCAGACUGAGGAGGAUAGGAAGAAUGUCGUGAGACUACAGGAUCUGGUAGACAAACUACAGUUGAAAGUAAAAGCCUACAAGAGACAGGUUGAGGAAUCUGAGGAACAAGUCAAUGCUCACCUGUGCCGCUUCAGAAAGGUCCAGCAUGAAUUGGAAGAAGCUGAGGAGAGAGCUGACAUUGCAGAGUCCCAGGUCAACAAACUCAGAGCAAAGAGCCGUGACAUUGGUGGAAAGAAACCUGAGAGCGAAGAGUGAAUAACUCUCAACCAAUACCCACCAGAGGAGGAAGAAAUUUGCAGAAUGUGAAUUUCUGCUUUCUCUAAAAUGUGUCUCCUAUAUGUGUAUAAAUAAAUAAUUUUUAAUCUUGUAACCA